CCAGUUGACUCGAAAAUGGAGCUGUUGGGAAGCGUGUGGCUCGUCACCGCCCCCUGGGCUUCUCUCCCUCCAGGCACCAGCUUGCUGCAGGAGGUGGUCUACUUGGUGAGCCAGGGGGCCGACCCUGAUGAGAUCGGCUUGAUGAACAUCGAUGAGCAGCUCCCGGUCCUGGAGUACCCGCAGCCGGGCCUGGACAUCAUCAAGGAGCUGACGUCGCCUCGCCUCAUCAAGAGUCACCUCCCCUACCGCUUCCUGCCCUCCGAUCUCCACAAUGGCGAUUCUAAGGUCAUAUACAUGGCUCGGAACCCCAAGGACCUGGUGGUGUCCUACUACCAGUUCCACCGCUCCCUGCGGACCAUGAGCUACCGGGGCACUUUCCAGGAGUUCUGCCGGAGGUUCAUGAACGACAAGCUGGGUUACGGCUCCUGGUUUGAGCACGUGCAGGAGUUCUGGGAGCACCGCAUGGACUCGAACGUGCUUUUCCUCAAGUAUGAAGACAUGCACCGGGACCUGGUGACGAUGGUGGAGCAGCUGGCCAGAUUCCUGGGGGUGUCCUGUGACAAGGCGCAGCUGGAGGCCCUGAGCGAGCACUGCCACCAGCUGGUGGACCAGUGCUGCAACGCCGAGGCCCUGCCCGUGGGCCGGGGAAGAGUCGGGCUGUGGAAGGACAUCUUCACUGUCUCCAUGAACGAGAAGUUUGACUUGGUGUACAAACAGAAGAUGGGGAAGUGUGACCUGACGUUUGACUUUUAUUUAUAAUCACGGCGACGGCAAACUUGCAUGCUCACAGCACCCAGACACUCUACUAGCUAAAAGUCCCGUAUGCACUCAUUUGUUCCUUGCUGGACGAACUCCGGAAGCAGCGUGAGGCCGGGGGGAGGGAGGGAACGGCGGAGACGCCGGAGGAAGAGGGGGCCCUGCUUCCCCUCCGGAGCAGCCGCGUCGCCUUUGGGCUUUGAAGUCUCUCCGUGUCCGACCACAAGCGUUGUAAAGCUGGCGGUUCUGACGGCCUGUAUCAUAAGUAUAGAGUCUGUAACAUACGCAGCUAGAACGUCUGCCUUUUACAACCCCACAUUAUUUAUUGUAUUUUAUAGAGCUUUUCACUUGGAAAUCUAAAUAAAUGUCAGUAAACCAAAUAGAAGUUCAUUUCCGAGGGGACUCAGGAGCGAGCCACACCCAAAUGGUAGGAAGAUCUCAGGGUUGACUCUUUAUUUUUGUAGUUCUGUUCUGUAUGGCACAGCCGUUCUGUUCUCACCCGGUUCGGAGGUGAAGACACAGGAGGAGUUGGGUGUGUGGGGGCCGCUGCUCCUUUCGAUGAGUUCAGUGCUCUGUAACCUUCCUGAAACAAAGCAGAGACCGUCCGCUCGGCGUCUGCAGGGAGGAUGGACCUCUGCCAGGGACUCCCAGCGGGUGGCCUCAGACACCCGAUACGGAGGAACCAGCGGAACGUUCCUUGAGGGAACCUGCCGGGGAGGCCGGCCGACGGGCUCUCACGCGGUGACCGGACAACCUGCCGCAGAGACCGAGCGUACGUGGAGUCUGAGUUUUCCUUCCACGAACUCUCGUUCCCUGAGGCAGAGACCUCUUUAUGCUGGCGAGCAGAUGCUCCAUAGUAAGUUCCUCAGGCUCGCUCAUCGGUCAGUCUGUUCUGUGUGCACCCGAGGCUCCCGGCCCCGGGAGAGCCACUUUGCAGGUUCAACGCCCUGUUUCACUCAGACUGGUUGGCCGCCUCGCCUUUGCACCCCAGUAUACCUGCGGGCGCACGGCCUUUGCGCCCCAGUGUAUCUGCGGGAGCACAGGUGAUGUCUCCACCGCCCCACCCCUUGCUUUGUCGUCUGGCCCGCAUCUGGCUGGGGAAGCAAUGUCACGCGUCGGGACUGGGGUCGUCUUGGAAGUUUGCGUGGCCGGCAGGCGCCCCCGGGGGUGGCCGGAGGGUCGCCACCACGUGUGAGGGUCUCUGUGCUGUGUUGCCGUCUUGGAAGAGGUGCAGACACACGCCGGUGUUUUAUGCGGCAUUGCAUGGUGGGCUUGGCUGCGCCUUUUCUGUGUAUCUGUGAGGGAGGCUGCUUUCUGUGAAAUUUCCUUUCUAUUUUUCUAUUUUUAGUACUGUAUGGAUAUUACUGAGCACCACACAUGAUCUGUCUGUGCUUGCUUGCAUCUUUAAUAAAGACACGUCCCAUGCCUCGUG